UGAUGGAGCCAAGUGCAUUAAUACAAAUAAUACACUUAAACCGCCGAGGAUACUGAUAACAGGUGAAUAGCUACGUGUGUAAUGUAAGAGCGAAGUCGAUGUUGGCAGCUUUACGAGCUGUCAAUUCCACAUGUCAAAAAAGAUGCCAAUUCACAUUGUGCAUAAUUAGAGGCUAUCUAUACCGCUAAAAGUUUUUCACACAUUAUUAUGUCAAAAAUAACGUAUCGUUGGAAAGGAAAAAUAGUAUCUAAAAAAACUUAUGAAAAAAGAAUCGCUCAACGAAAAAGUGGCGAGAAGAAAAGAAAAAUCUCAAAAGAGAAUGAAGAAAAAGUAGUGGAUGAAAUUGAGGACGUUAUUGAAGAACAAUCUGAUUUUAAAAACGGACGACGUAUUGUUGAUUUAAAAAUUCUUGGUCAACAAUUAUGGUGUAUAUCCUACAAAGAAGCUUUAUCUUUGGAAUACAUCGAAAAUGAGAUACGCCGUGGAUUGGGUUCACAACUCAUAGUGCGAUGGGGUCUCGGACAAUUAGGGACGGAAUGCGCGAAGUUGCUUCGUCGGAAUUACGGUAACGAGAGUGUCAUAUUAUCGGACAUUAUCAAGCCUACGGAGGAGAGUCUGGAGAACGGACCCUUUAUUUUCGCGGAUAUCCUCGACUUCAAGGGUCUGCAAAAAAUCGUUGUCGACUACAGGAUCGACUGGCUCAUUCACUUCAGCGCUCUUCUUAGCGCUGUUGGCGAGCAAAAUGUUCCUCUAGCUGUCAGAGUCAAUAUCGAAGGGAUGCACAAUGUCAUCGAAUUGGCGAAGCAGUACAAGCUGAGAAUCUUCAUUCCGUCGACGAUCGGCGCGUUCGGUCCAGAUUCGCCGAGGAAUCCGACUCCGAAUGUCACGGUGCAACGACCACGCACCAUCUACGGGGUCAGCAAGGUCCACGCCGAACUUUUGGGAGAAUAUUAUCAUCAUAGGUUCGGCCUCGACUUCCGGUGCCUUCGAUUCCCCGGCGUGAUCAGCUGCGAUCCACCCGGAGGUGGAACCACAGAUUAUGCUGUAGCGGUAUUUCACGAAGGACUGCUGAACAAGAGAUACGAGUGUUAUUUAGAGCCUCAUACUAGGCUGCCGAUGAUAUACAUCGAAGAUUGUCUGUCGGCGCUCUUUCAGUUCUUGAACACACCCAACGAAUUACUUCGUAGACGAGUUUAUAACGUCACAGCCAUGAGCUUCACCCCCGAGGAGCUGUUCAACGAGCUCUUCAAGUACAUACCAGAUUUAAAGAUUACUUAUAAGCCAGAUAAAAGACAAUGUAUCGCCGAAAAUUGGCCCCAAGUUUUCGACGACAGCGAGGCGCGAAGGGAUUGGGGCUGGCGACACAAGUACGAUCUACAGAGGCUGGUGAAGUUGAUGGUGCAAGACGUCAGCACCAAUUUUCUACCGAAACACCGAUUGAAAGAAGUCAAUAGCUACGUAUAAUUGUAUAAGAUACGUAUAUGUAGCUAUUGACUUCUUUCGAUUUAUGUACACGAGCUUUGCAAAAUUUCAUAUCACGAACCCGACUACGGAAAUUCUGCUCGAAAGAAGUCAAUAGUUAAUGUUUAUGAAUUGUACGAGAGUCAAAACACGCACGCACAUUUGAUAUAUCUCUUAGUAUAUAAAUUAUAAGCACAGUAUUUAUUACAAGAUUAACAUAGUUGAACAAUUAUUGAUACAAAUAUUGAUAAAUAGGAUAAAAAUAUAUUUGGAAAAAUUCUGCAGAGUGGAUCUGAAGAAUAUGCAUAAAUAAAUUUAUACAGAAUAGUUAUUUGUUAACUUUUUUGAUCCAAAUCUACAUCCAUAAAAUCUGUAAAAUCAUCGUUUAGCAUUUCCGCGAUAUUUACCGGAGUCAUUUUAGUCUUCUUUGAAGGCGUGUAAUAAUUUUUCUGGAUUUUUCUCAAAGGUGUAUCGAUUGUAUCUGCGGUUCUCGAAGGUGUACCGAAUUUAUCGGUUCUCUUUGGCGUGCCAGUGAAAUCCGAAUUUCUAGAAGGCGUAGAAAAUCUAUCACUUUUUCUCGAAGAUAGACCUCCGGGAGUUCCAAUUGUAUUUUGGGAGAACUUAUCUUUGUUGUCGAAAUCUGCAAAUAAAAUGUUAUAAGAACAUUUUUAUUAUA